UGGUGCAAUCUCUAUAUAAUAUUGAGCUAGUAAGUCACCAAAGCAAACCAACACCCUUCUCCCAUUUCGGAAGCACAUACAAUGGCAGGCACUAGCACGAACACGCAAAGCACCGGAACAAGUCAGACAGUAGUAGUGGGACUAUGGGGAGGGCCCGGUGGUAAUGCUUGGGACGAUGGAUCCUAUACUGGAAUUCGAGAAAUCAAUCUUUCUCAUUAUGAUGCCAUUGGUGCCUUUAGUGUGAUUUAUGAUUUGAAUGGCGAGCCCUUUACAGGGCCCAAACAUCCAGGAAACGAACCCACUUAUAAAACGGUGAAGAUUACACUGGAUUUUCCAAACGAAUUCUUAGUGAGCGUGAGUGGGCACACUGGUGUGCUUCCUCGACUGGCUACGGGGAAGGAUGUUAUACGCUCACUAACAUUCAAAACCAACCAGAAAACCUAUGGGCCAUAUGGAAAGGAAGAAGGCACACCUUUCAGCCUCCCAAUUGAAAAUGGUUUAAUUGUUGGAUUCAAAGGAAGAAGCGGUUUUGUUGUGGAUGCCAUUGGCUUUCACUUGUCACUUUAAGAUCACCAGUGUAAUAAUUAUUAAUGGCGUCUCUAUAUAUAUAUAGAAGAUGUCUUGGCUUUCUGUUUAAUUACGAAUAAAUUCAAAUCUCCAAGCGUACAUUAUGGUUAUUUGUCAGUUUAACUGACUAUUAUAGCCAUGAUAUAAGGAGUUAUUUGAGAUGUGUUUGUAAUGUUUAAAAUAAGCUCUCUAUGUAGAGCUCUGUGUGUGUAAUACGUGAUGAAGUUGCUGUCAUGUAUGAAUUAAGCUCUACACAUAUAUAGAGCUAAUUAAAUAAAAUCCAGCGAGAAUGUUUAAUAUUCUAA